UGGCUGCAUUGCCUCUGGACUUUCUUCCAGCAUCUCAGAACGUGGUGGUCACCAUUCUCUCAGUACUUCAGCAGUUUCUCCUCCCUGCCUGUUGGACUCAGGUGCAGCUCUGACAUACUGUAAGUCUAUUUUGCAUUCCAUUUUCCUAAUGCUCAUCUUCUACAUUGUUGUUUUGUUUUCUUUUUUUCAAAUUUCCCUUUGACUAUUUCUUUGGUUUCCUUCAGUAUUACUGAAUCACCGGCUCCCUCCUAACCACCCACUGAGAUUUUUAUACUGUGCCCUUCACCAUGAAGGUGGCUGGUUACCAUGGUACCAAAGUGCCCUUCUGUUCUAGAUGCUAGAUUAAAUCUGUUCUCAUGGUGACUGUGUGCCUUUGCUAUUCUUCAUCAGCUUGUUUCUGCGGCACAGAUUUAACAAGCUCAGACAUCACCAUUCCUUCUCCACUGAACAAGACUCCCUAAUAUAUCAGACAGGUCAACUGCUCCUUAAUACAGAGAUGUAGCGUGAAGUUUGCAUUUCCUGCAAUACCAGCCUCUCUGUUUUCCUUCCAGCUACAGGAACAGGGAAGGAAGAGGUUGUUCCUGUUGUGCGACUUGCUGUUGAGCCUGUGACUGAAGUUCGACACCUGACUGUGAAAAGUCAGCAGUUUUCUCUUUGCUUUUUAUCAGCAUGGAUACUUGGCGGAGAGGAUCCAUUAAGUCCACAACAUUCUUCAGACGUUUCUCACUCAGGAGACACAAAAAGCUGGGCAACCAGGUCAUUAUCUUGAACAAGAACAGCCACACACUGGACAGUGAUGGACAGUGCCAGAAGAGGGAAUGCUUGAGGGAUCUGAAGGACAAGUCUGAUUACCUGUCGUGUCAGAGCGAGCAAAACCUGGCCAAGGCACAAGCACCUCCUAAGCCACCCCGGCUGUACCUGGACAGCUCUAGCUGCCCUAACAUCAUCGAUCACACGGAUUCUCACUCUGAUGUCUCCUUUUCUGGUGCUUCUCAUCAAUACAACAAAGCCACUCAAACUCAGUUCCACAAGGACCAGGCUACAGACUGCGUGACCUCAGAGACUGGUUCCCAGAAUAGCACCACUCUUUGUGACCUGUCUGAUCCUUUCCUGUCCUUCAAAGUGGACUUGGGGCUAUCGCUUCUCGAGGAUGUUCUGCAGACCCUCAGGAAACAGAAUCCAAGAGAUUAUGCCAUUUGAAGGUAUUUAUGACUUAAUGUAUCACAUUUACCUACUGCUGGUGCCAGUUUCUCUAGUCCUAACAGGAAGAAGGAUACUGUAGCACCCCUGUUGUGCGUGGUCUGUUUUAUUGUUGUUGCCUUACUGAUCACAGGCUGUUCUUGUCCUCGCCAAGAAGUCCUUCAGAGCAGAGCUGACAGGCUCCAUGCCUAGAUGAGAGCACUGCUGGAACCUUGUGGGCAAGUUUUCAUUCUCCACACUGGGAAUUUCUCACCCUUGACUGUGCAUCUCCUUCUCACAGAAGAUUGGUAUUGUUUGACUAAAGACUUAUUUUGGAUAUGUGGCUGUGACACUGCAGAGGUUGGACAGAAAGGGGUAUGGCAUACAUAAUUUGUGGAUAAGCAGGCAGCUUAUAAGGAGACAGUGUUACUAUCUCAAAACUGUAGCUAUGGCAAGGGUCAAGAGACAGAAACUGAUGUUUCUUCUCCCAACAUGUUUGGACAUGAAAAAUCUGUUCCUCUCCCUUUAUUUCUUCUCAUGUGAGCUUUUUUUUUUUUCUUUUUUUUUUUUUUUUUUUUCCCCUAAUUCAAAUACAGUUGGUACUUGCAGCCUGGAAACAGGUAACCAUCUAUAUAAACUUAUAAUACAGGAACAGCAGUUUAUUUAGCCUACUAGCAGAAGAAAUUUCUCUAGAUACUGCUGCUUGAAGCAUGCACUGACCUAUCAGCUGUACAGAAAUGGAAGAAUAAAUGUUUCUGUGACUGGAGUGCCUUGUUGCCUCAUUUCAUUGGUAGCAAGCCAAAACAACAAAGACCAGGUAGCAGGAGCAUAGGUCUCUUAUCUGUAGUGACCAAGAUCAACCCUCUCUGCCACCUGAGGCAUACACGAAGGUGGGAAAAGCACCUCUGCUUUUCUGGGUUGGGAAAAGGCUAGAGCUGCUGGUAUCCUAUCUUCCCUUGAGAAGAGAGUGCAGCAGACAGAGCAGGACCAAGAUUUAGUGUAGAAAGGGACACAAUUCUUCAUUCUGUGAGGUGAACAGUGGGAAAGGCUGAGUACCACUUAGGCACUACCCUGCUAAAAAGACACUGCACAACCUACUGGGUCAUCAAUGUCUUACCUUUUUUUCACAGCUAGAUAAGAUACUAAGGCUGUUCUAAAAACAAAAAAAACCACAAAAAUCCCAUGGACCCAGACAAACGUGAGCUUUGGAAGCAGCAAAGUGCAAUCCCAGAGAAGGCACAGAACUCAGCCAACAACCUGAUGUGAAUCUGGUGAAGUCAGAUAAUAUGAAUCACAUCAAAAAUGAAUGGGGAGCACAUGCAGGGUGACACCACUAGGUGCAAUGAUGACUUCCUCAUGAGCGAGCACUUUAUGCUGUUGUAGUGGCAAAACAUCACAAAAAUAGUGUACACAAUAGUCUUCACAGCACUAUACAGUCUUUGUGUGCUUUGAACCAAUCAGAGCUGCCGUAAAUGGUUGUUGCUCUCAAGUAUCCUAAAGUAACAGUGGUCAAACCACAGCUUUUGUAGUUUUCUGAUUUGUAAAGCUUAACACUCCUGUUCUCUAGGAAGGACAACACUCAUCCUUUGCUGUGGGAUGAAACAAGUCAGCAAAAACUGUGUAGAUACAUAAUUUG